AUGCAAAAGCUCGCCAACAUGGGCAUGCGUCAUUGGGGCGAUCGAAUCCAGACUCCCAACUUCGGCAUGUCGUCGAGAUCGAACAUGAGCAUGACCGCCAUGAACCCUCACCAGAAGGUCGGAGCUCCGGGAGCUGCGCCUCUGAGUCCCUCGCCCGCCGCCGAUACCACCAUUCACUUCGCGUUCAACGUUCCCUUCGCCUCUGACCUGGCCGGCCCCAACACCGAGGAGGUCCUGCACGCGACUGGGAACUCGGUCAUGCGGUGGACACAUCCCGGAGAAGCCCCCGACGACAUCCCCAUCUACGAGCUGCCCGUCCACGCCCAGAACCUGGCCAUUCUGCAAAACAUGUGCAUGGAGAUCACCAGAGGCCCUCUGCCCGUUGAUGCCCACGUCAUCUCGACCACCCCGAAGCAUGUCAAGGGCCAGAUUACCACCGUCUGUCUCUCGGGCACCCCGGAGCUGGUCCACAAGAGUCGUGAAACUAUUUUGAGUGGCACUCCAUUGGCACUGCGAUGCGCUACCAUCGACGUCGAAUAUGGCUUGAUAGUCGAUGCCAGGGCUGGCGCGCUGAAUGAGAAGUUUAGGUCCGCUCUAGACACGACCGCGGCCUUCUGCGGAGUCGACAUCUUUGUACUGGGCCCGAAGCUUACCCCAACCGUCGAUGUCCUCAAUGGCGACGUCGAGGUCAUUCGGGACCAGAGAUGGAGAGUGGCCAUCUACGGUGACAUCGAGUACACCGAGCAGGCCAAGACCCAUGUCCUCAUCUUCAUUGAUCAAUUGCUUGGACGGAAAGUCGACUUGCUCAAGGUCGAGAGCACCCUCCACCCUAUCGUCUGUGGUCGCUCGCGGAAGAACAUCAAAUUGAUCGAGUCGCAAACGAAUACCGCGAUCUAUUUCCCACCCUUCGCCCAGCCAUACCGAUAUUGCCCGCCAGGUGCAAACCGCCGAGAUCCAAACGAGAUUGCCAUCACGGGCGAGAACCCCCAAGGCAUCGAAUUGGCCAAACGCAAAAUUCACGACUUGGUCAACCGCACCAAACUGUUCAUGAAGGAUGGUGUGGUCUCCCCCUCGAAGCUCGAUAGCGUCCUUCUGGGCCGGAUGGACAAGGUGCGAAAGAUCAUGGAGACCAACGGCACCUUCAUCAUGUUCCCACCGCUUGCUUCCCAACGCAACAUGAUACGUGUUCAAGGCGUCGAAGGACUUCAGAUUGAGCGCACCAUGAGGGAAAUCAUGUCUCUUGCUGGCCAGUUCUACUUCGCGGCUUGGUGGUUGCAGCAGUUCACUCCAGCGCAGCUUCCCAACAUCCACGAGAUACGCGCCAUGCUCUGCGAUAUCAGCUCCAAUUCCGAUGCCGACAUCUCGUUUGACAAGAUGAACUUCACGGUUACUGGUUCUGACGAUGCCGUCAAAUCGGCGUUGAUGUUGCUCUCGCACAUCAAAUUCGUGAAUGAAUCUCAGAGCACAAUUCGUGUCAAGAUCGAGCUCGCCAACGAGCACAAGGAAUUUGUCUCGGGCAAGAAGAACGGCAAGAUCAACAAGAUCAUGACGCAGAGCAACGUGCAAAUCCUCUUCGACAGCUUCAGAGAGUACAAUUUCGAUAUCGAUGUUAGCGCUCCGACCUAUGAGUCGAUGAAGCAGGGUAUGACGCUUGUUGAACAGGAGAUGCCUGCUUCCAUCUCUUUCCACGUUCCCGACCAGUACCACAAGCGCAUCAUUGGUAUUGGUGGUCAACACAUCCAACGGAUCAUGAAGAAGCACUCUGUCUUCGUCAAGUUUUCCAAUGCCAUGGAUCGAGGCGGUAUUGGUCGUGAAGAUGACGAUGUCAAGGUUGACAAUGUCAUCUGCCGAACGCCAGCCCGGAAUGCUCAGAACCUUGAGUUGGUCAAGUCUGAAAUUUUGGACAUGGUGGACCGGGCCCUUAACCUGCAGCACUCCGAGUUCACCUCACAGGUCGUUCACGUCGAUCGUCUGUACCAUCGACAGCUCAUUGCUCGCUUGCAAGAGAUAGACGAACUGGAAAAGAAGUGGAAUUGCAAGAUCGUCUUCCCCAGUACCGAGCAGGCAAGCGAUGAGGUGACGGUCACCGGUCCGGAAUGGCAAGUGCCUCAGUGUGCUGAUCAAUUUCUGGGCAUGGUCCCCGAAACGCACGAAUUGAUCUUGACUCGCACACCAAGCUUGGUGAAGUUCCUCGAGUCGCCCGAGUUUGUCAACGAACUGGUUUCGAGGCUGAAGACUCAUCACGAGGUGACGCUCGAGGUGCAUGAGAACUCGGAAGAGAAGACCGACAACGGCGAACGUACCGUGACUCUGCUUUGGAAGUUGACUCGCAACAACGCCGGUGGUCUUCGUGACGCGAUUGAAUUCCUCAUGCAAGAGUUUGCUGCUGCUAAUGUGGAGGCGACCAUUGUGAAAGGAGCCAUGCCUCGCCCCAAGUCGGACUCUUUCGAGGACUCUCUACAGUACUUUGACUCGAAACUGCUGCAGCAUGCGCCGGCUCAAGUUGGCACGGAUUCACCGACGAAGCCAGCUUUCGGCGAAGACAUAACUCAACAGCGAACGGCGACGCUUUUUGACAAGCUGCGCAAGCCAUCGCAACUUCUGUCGUCGCUUGACCGCAGAAAGAACAGUUCCCACUCGGUGAACACGCUCUUCAAGGGGUCGAGCAACGUAUCCAAGUCGUCGUUGAUUUCGAUCGAGUCGACACGCAGCUUCCAUGCUGACCGCAACCCCUGGAACGAUAGCGGCGUCAAUCUUCCAGAUGACGACAACAGCCCUUGGCCGACGCGACACUUUGGCAGCAACGGGUUCGACAACAAACUUUCGCCGCCCAACAUGGGGCACGGCGGCGACGUGACGCCUCGACACAGCACGCGGGCGUCUGGCGACAGCGGUCGUCCGUCGACGUCUCAUUCCACCAAUUCAGGAUACCCCGGUCACAUUGGACCUUUCCGUUAG